ACGGAUGCCUCCACCCUCGCCUCAUUUGCACCAUUUUACCUUUUUUUCUUAUUUCGUUACGAAUUUCUUGUUUUUGCCUUUUGGAUUUUGUUACGGAGAUGAUUCUGUCCUUCAUUCCUAUCUCCCGGAUGGGCAUAGAUGAGUUGAAUAAGCUUACCAGUUGGUAUUUUGAUCCGUGGCAAUGUGAUACUGCGGUUUGGAUGAAUUUACAGAAUUCAUUAUUAGGGGAAUCGGAUUAUUUUAUGAAUUGCAUAUUGAAUUUUAUUUUGUCCGGUUCAAGUUUGAUUACUGUAUGAAUACCUGAGGCUGUUCUUUUAAUAUUGCUUGCUUAAUGCUAGUACUUUGAUUCCUAAACCAUAUUCUCCAUUACUUUGAUCUAUGGGUUGCUUCUUAGCAAAUUUUAGUUUGACAGCUCAUGUUUGUGUUUAUAAUGUCUCCAGGGUUCCUUGCAAGUUUUUUGCACAGAGGGGAUGUCUAAAAGGGGAGCACUGUGAAUUUUUGCAUGAAUUGAGAACACCUCCAAAUAAUAUUUGCACCUAUUACCAAAAAGGAAUAUGUGCUUUUGGAAGCAGGUGCAGAUAUGAACAUGUUAAAACUUCCCAAUUGCAGUCUUCUGCCUCAUCUUUUUCAGGGCAUACAAAACCAACUUGGAAUCAGAAGUUGGGGCCUCAAGAUUCAUUACAGAGUGAUGGCAUAGCUGAGGCGAAGAUUCAUAAUCCAGCUGAUCAAUCAAUCUGCUCAUUUGCUGCUGCUGGUAAUUGUCUGCGUGGGGAAAAAUGUUCUCAAAUACAUGGGGAUUUAUGUCCCACUUGUGGGAAACAGUGCUUGCAUCCUUUUAAGCCUCAGGAUAGAGAGGAGCAUCUAAAAGCAUGCAAAAAAAGGCAAUGGCACCUGGAAAUACUAAAACAUAGUCAAGAAAUAGAGUGUAGUGUGUGCCUCGAGCGUGUUCUAUCCAAGCCAACAGAAGCUGAACGUAAAUUUGGAAUCUUAUCAGAGUGUGACCAUCCAUUUUGUGUAGUGUGCAUCAGGAAUUGGCGUAGUAGCUCUCCAUCAUCUGGGUUGGAUGUAAAUUCUGCAUUAAGGGCAUGUCCCAUAUGCCGAAAACGAUCUUAUUUUGUCAUUCCUAGUGUGAUUUGGUACAACACAAAAGAAGAAAAACAAGAAAUUAUUGAUAGCUACAAAGCAAAACUCAGGACUAUCGAUUGCAAACACUUUGACUUUGGGAAUGGGACUUGCCCAUUUGGGACUAGUUGUUUCUACAAGCAUACUGUCAAGCCUGGAUCAAUGAUGUGGAAUCGUGCUCUGAUGCCCGAUUCAUUUGGCUCAAGGUUUCCAGACAUGGAUGAAGUAGGACCCAGCUCUGAUACAGAUGUUGAUGGCUUAGCAAAUUUGUUUGAGCACCUGUACUUGCCACAUAGACCAGGAGGACUUCAGGAGCAAGAGGAUUCUAGUGAUGAAGAAUUAUAUGAAUUUGCCGAGGCCAUGUCUUUUCUGCUAUGCCUGCAUGGUUCUGAUACUAGUGACUUUUCAAGUGACGAGGAAUAACAAUAUCAUAUCCUUGAGAUUGAUGUAUACACACAUCCCUUGAGAUUUAUAAGAAUGGUUACAUCUCUUGAUGUGUCUCUGACUCUCUGUAUGGAUUUAUGUGUUACUAGUCCUGUAAACUAAUUGUGGCAGACUGGUUUUUGAUGAAAUGUAGUCACGAAAACAAUUAUUAUGGCAUAAUAUGUGAUGUAUAUCUUGGUAUUUCUUCAACUGGAAACUUACAGAGGUUACAUCAUUAGGGCAUCCAAUUGUGGAUAUCUAAAUAUUAUUACUCUGACUAA